CUUUCGGAAGAGCUCGAGCUUCAUACGAUCGGUUUGUCUUCGCCAAAAAGACCCCGUUCUGCUGACCAUACAAUACGCGAUGUCCACUGCGAGGGAUCCAUUCUUCUUAUGCCCCCCUCGCCCUGGAUCAAGACGAUGCCGAGUUGCCGGCAACACAACCGAUCGGACAUUAUUUCGUUGAUUGGACCCUUUCAACAACACGACCUGGUAACUGUACUUCAACUGACACGACUCUUUCACCAACUGCUCAAAGAAGGCAUCGUCAACCACCCUCAGUCGGGCAGUCAGCUUGGACUGGUAGAAACCUUACGAACCUGUCUUAUUCUCUCUCUUGAACUCGAAACGAACAAGUCUUCUGUCUCUAACGCCUCAGACUGUCAAAAUGGCUUAGGACGGCCCGGCUACGGUAGGGUACCGGUUAGCUCUGGCGGAAGCCUAUUCUUGGACGCAUGUGACUUGGCCGUCGGCCUCAAUCGCUUUUUUCUCGGAGCCAAUUCACCCUGGCCUCAGCGGUUUGCACCUUUUGACACGAUCAACCUAACCUGGUCAUGCUUAAGCCCUUGCUUGAACCGGAAAUUGUGGUUCCUGGACACGGUUGGAAAUCGCGCAUAG